AUGAAACAACCAAAGUUAAUUGGCCCACCCAGCCUCAGCACUUUUGACCCUUCUUAUUGCUGGGCUCCGAGAACAGACUCGUUUUCGGGCAUUUUGUUGUUUCUAGUUUGCCCGUCUGAUCCCCUUCUCCACCCUCGGCCCGACAACUCGGAACGAGUAGGCGAAGCUCACCUCCGGACCCAGACGGACUUGCAGCAGCGGACUCUUCUCUAA